AUGAGGAUCGUGAUGCUCUCGUACAGCGCUAAAACGCGUCAGCGAGAGCGCAAGGAGGCUGAAGAUGAGCAACUUGCGCUACAACAGAAAAAUGCUGGUCUUGAACGCGAGAUAAAAGGGCUGAGAGUCGAGAGAGAUGCCUUGUUCAAACAAAGUGCGCGGAUGGUGGCACAACGCUUGGAGGACGAACGACAGGCAAAUGAUGACCGUGAAGCCCACGAACAGGUGCUUCGAACUCUCGCACAACAUCAACAACAAAAAGAGACUCUCGAGAUUGCUAUUGCCAGUGCGAGCCAAACCCGAAUGGAGGCGCGUAAGGCGUUGGAUAAGGCUCAAAUGCACUGCCGCAGAUUGGAAGAGGAACUAGCGUCAGCUCAUGCUCAGGUGUUGCAUCUUCAGAAUGAGCGAGACACGCUGAAGGCUGCAUUGGACGCCACUGUCACUGGUGUGGCUGGUUUCGAGACACGACACCUACAGGCACAAGAUGAAGUGAUUGCUAGUCUACGUGCUGAUCUGGUGCAAAUGGAUUUCGAGCUAAAUACGCUUGCAGUAGACAAGGCCACCUUGGCAAAGCAAGUCGAGAAGCUCCAGCUGCAGCUAGCAACCUCCGAGUGCAAUAAUGAAUACGAAGUCGUCCCGCUGAGUCACAACAGCACCAGCGACACGAAGGCGAAGCGAAAAGGUCAGAAGAAGCGUACGACGAUCCGGCCUGUCAGGGCAACUAGGGAGGCCAUUGGCAGACGCGGGUCAGACCCGUUCAAUAACUUAAUGGAAUUGCCCAACGCCGUCGGCGAGCCGCAAAAGAGCGCGAAUGCCACCAUUUGGCUGUCGCCAGCGGCCUCAUAUCUCUCCUCGUCCAACGCCAGCCAGAGCGACCAAGACCACCGACGGCGUAGCUUUCGUGACCGAAUCGCACCGCCAAUCGGCUUGUCAUCGUUCAUGACUAAGACCGUUCAAUCAGCGAGGAAACAUCUGGCAUCACCCCUGCAUAAUGCAUUCGGAAGUCCUCAAGAAAAAUAG